AUGUCUCACCUUACCUACACUGCCUACGAAGGCUAUGGCGAGCGCGCCAAGAAGGACCUCUGGUACAGCCAAGCCGUCCGCGUCGGAGACAUCAUUGAAUGCUCUGGGCAAGGUGGCUGGGACCGAGAGACAGAAAAGAUCGACCCGAAUGUUGUGAUACAGAUUGAGAAAGCAUUCGACAACGUGGAAUGUGCUUUGAAGGCAGCGGGUAGUCGCGGUUGGGAGGAUGUUUUCUUUCUAAGGUCACACCACCUGCCUUGUAAUAGCGAGGCAAUUGAGACGAUGGUUCGCUGCCUCAAGAAGUAUUGUCCGAAUCAUCAGCCAACCUGGACAGCCUUGGGGGUUCCUCGCUUGGCUCUGGACGACAUGCGAGUUGAGAUCGAAGUGCGCGCGCAUGUCCCUAAAGACCGAGAAGAAAAGUAA